AUGCCUUCAAAGUGGACAGAGGCACACAAGUCAACUAAUGGACCAGGUGAUGCACGUCCAACCGCCUUGCAGAUUGUACAAGAUGAGGAUCUAACAGGCAAACUCACUGGAAAAGUCAUCCUCAUAACAGGGUGCUCUUCGGGAAUUGGUGUCGAAACUGCCAGAGCUCUGUCUACCACGGGAGCGACAUUGUAUCUAACUGCACGGGACAUCACCACUGCUGAGAAGGCACUCGAGGAUAUCUUGGAGCCUGGCCGAGUGGAGGUUCUGGAAAUGGAUCUCAGCUCAUUAGCUGGGGUGAGAUUGGGCGCCGAGAAAUUUCUAAGAAAAAGGUCUAAAUUGAAUGUUCUAGUGUGUAAUGCUGGAAUCAUGGCAAUUCCAAAUUAUACCACGACUGUGGAUGGGUUCGAGACACAAUUUGGGGUUAACCAUUUGGCACAUUUUCUACUUUUUCAACUGCUGAAGGAUACGUUGCUAUCUUCUGCUUCUCCAUCAUUUAAUUCGCGGGUGGUUAUGGUAUCCAGCGCCAGUCACCGUAAUGGGGGUAUCAGACUCGACGAUUACAACUACACCAAAAGACCAGAAGAGUAUGACUUAUGGGGUUCGUACUCGCAAUCGAAGACGGCCAAUAUCUACAUGGCCAAUGAGAUUGAUCGUCGCUAUGGUCAGCAAGGGUUACAUGCAACGUCCUUGAUGCCGGGAGCAAUACCGUCUGGGAUUAACAGACAUCUUGACCCGAAAGACGUAGCGGAGUACAAUGCCACAGAGAUAAUGAGGAAAACGAUGAAAAGUCUAGAGCAAGGUGCUGCGACGACAGUGUUAGCUGCAAUUGGAAAGGAGUUUGAAAACAAAGGCGGAGUUUACCUAGAGAAUUGCGAAGUUGCAGGACUCUAUCCUUCUGAUCGUCAGCUCGAUCACGUUGCUAACAUCCCGGGGUAUGUGGAGCAUGCUUUUGACAAAGAAAAAGAAGGUAGACUUUGGCGGGACUCUUUGAAGAUGGUCGGGUUGGAUGAGUGA